AUGCCGCAGAAGGAAGAGCUUGUGCGUUUGGAGAAGGUUCAUUUCGCCGAGGAUGACGACGAUGAUGACACGUUCCAGUACGAAACAGUGGACGACGAAGCUCUCGAAUUGGACGACGAUGGUGAUGAGGAAGACUUUGCCGCAGUGCUGCGAAACCUUAAUCGCUCCACCAGGAUAACCUCCGGACAAGACACGACGACACCAACAGUCUCUGUCAAUACCCUCAACGAUGAUACGAACGCAGAUCGCAGCGUUGCUGGUAGUCCGAAGCAAUCGAUGACGACGCGCGUCCACACUCAAGUGCGACCUUCAGUAGUAGAUGACUUCAUCCGGAACUUCCUCAUUAAACUGGGACUCGCACGUACACUGGACAUGUUCAACCACGAAUGGUACGAGUUUAUCGCCAAGGGUAAAUUACGCGAAGACGACGUCGGUGUAGUGCCCGAUAUUUACGUGCGUAACCAAGCUUUAGACGACCAAGUCAAGGAGUUAAGACGCCAGUUAGAAGACACACGGAAGAUCACUGAGAAAGCUAAAGGCACGUGGGAUAAAUUCCGUCACCAGCGUGACGUCCACAAGAUGCAUCACCAGCGAGUGUUACAAGAGAAAGAAGCGCUGUCAGCCAAGAUCCGCAAGCUCGAAAAGCAUGUCGCUGCCUAUGAGCCUCUUCUUCAGGAGCUUAAAGCCAAGUAUGAGAAUUCCAUGAAGGAGAAGAUGCUCAUGCGUAUUGAACGUGAUCGACAAGUAGCAAAAGCCGAGGCACUUGAAGCGCAACUCAAAGCAGUUGGAGGGGUUCCUAUAGCAACCAAGACGUCGGGAAAAGGCAAACAAGUGGCUCCGGUCGCACCUCUGGGCGCAACGUCCUCUUCAAAGACUGCAACAGGUGGGCAGAAGAAGAAGAGCAAGUCUAAAGCGGAUGUGCCCGACACAAAGCUUCCCAGCUCGGACGCUGCGAAUCCAUUCGUCGACAAACGUUUCGAGCCUGUGAAUCCUGAACGCGUGGAACUUGUUCGCAGUUGCCAAGCACACGCCAACUCCGUGGCAGCAGUUGCUUUCCACCCAAAAAACCCUAUCGUAGCAACAGUUUCCGAUGAUGAGACUUGGAAACUCUGGUCGGCACCUGCUGGAGAGCUUAUCAUGAGUGGAGAAGGCCAUCGUAGCUGGCUUUCAAGCGUAACUUUCCAUCCGCGAGGAGCUCACGUGGCCACAUCCUCCGGAGAUAACACUGUCAAGCUCUGGGACUUUGUGGGUGCUGCGUGUUCACUGACUCUAGCUGAUCACUCGCAUCCAGUCUGGGAGAGCGCAUUCCACCACGACGGCGACUUCCUUGUAAGCGCCUCCAUGGACCACACGUGCAAGCUCUGGGACCUGCAUUCCGGUCGUUGUCGUCGUACAUUCCGCGGCCAUGUUGACUCAGUCAAUAGUGUCUGUUUCCAGCCAUUCUCCACGAACAUCUGCACAGGUUCUGGAGACAAGACGGUGUCCAUUUGGGACCUGCGUUCCGGUCUCUGCGUGCAAACCUUUUACGGCCAUCAGAAUGCCUGCAACAGCGUCGCCUUCGCACUUGCUGGAGAUACUAUAGCAUCGUGUGACGCCGAUGGCUUUGUCAAAGUCUGGGACGUGCGUAUGGUAGCCGAACGCAGCUCGCUUGACGGCGGACAGCAUCCACUCAAUAGCGUGGCAUUCGAUCGCAGCGGUAAGAUACUGGCAGCAGCAAGUGACGAUGGCUCCAUCAAGCUCUUCAGUAUGAAAACGGAGUCACUCGCGACGGAACUAAAAGGCCACGAGGGUCCAGUCCAGGCUGUCAAGUUCGACCCGAACGGCCGCUUCUUGGCGUCCUCCAGCUCCGACUGCACCUUCCGUCUUUGGUCGACAUAA